CAACCCACCAACCUACCCCCAGUACCAACCCCGGCCCGACAUUCCUCCGUCACGCCUGAGGCCCCAACCCCAAACGAAAGAUCUUGUCCGCGGACCUCCAUACACACCUCCAGCACCAAACCACCACCACCACACCCCCAAACACAGGCAUCAUGCCCCCCCGACUCCAACUCCUGCCUUUCCAAUGGCAGCGCCCCAGUACCCUCAGCACGAUCCUGACCUCCUUCCUCCACCCGCAAAGCCGCAACGCCCACAUCCUCGCCUCGCUCUCCGACACGCCAGGCGCCUACAACAAACGUAUCCGGCGCGGUCGCGGUCCGGCCUCCGGAAAAGGUAAAACCUCGGGUCGUGGUCAUAAGGGUCAGAAACAGCAUGGAAAGGUCCCCGCCGGGUUUAAUGGUGGGCAGACGCCGGAUAUUGUGGUUCAUGGGGAGAGGGGGGGGGUUAAUGUUCACGCCACCGACCUUGCCCCCAUCAACCUCGACCGAAUCCAAUCCUGGAUCGACCAAGGCCGCAUCGACGCAACCCGCCCCAUCACCGUCCGCGAACUGACCCAAUCACGCUGCAUCCACCAACCCAAAGAAGGCGUGAAACUUCUGGGCCGGGGAGUCGAAAAAGACGACCACGAGAUCCCCAUCUCCAGCGUGCUCAAACAACCCAUCCACCUCGUGGUAUCUCGGGCAUCCAGCGCCGCCAUCGCGGCCGUCGAAGCGGCGGGGGGAUCCGUGACGACGCGAUUCUACACCAAGUCGGCGAUUGCGCGGAUCAUGAGACGCGAGAUGCAUCCGUUUGUGUCGAUGCAGUGGAAUAAGGAGAGUGCGAGUGCGGGGUUGUUGGGGACGGAGACGGGGGAGCAGGGCGCGUUGACGGAGGCGAUGGUCAUGCGGGAAAUGGGGUUUAAGUAUCGCUUGCCUGAUCCGACCAAGAGACGCGAUAUUGAGUAUUAUCGUGAUCCGGCGCAUAGGGGGUAUUUGAGUCAUUUGUUGAAGCCCUUGGAGGGACCCAGUUUGUUCUUUAGGUCGCCGGUGGAGAGGAAGUCCGCGGCGGGUGUUAAGAAGGAGAAGAUUUUGCCGGAGAAUAGACUGUGGUAGGUUGCUUUUGGGUAUGGAGGGUUUGGGGGUGAUGGAGGGAGUGGAUUUGGUUUCGUUUGUUGAGGUAUCUCUUGUAUAAAUAUAUUGUAUGUUAUGUUGCUUCGGAUAUGUUUAUUGGAUUACUCGUCACUUCUUACUAUGGUAUAGACCAGUUAGAUAGCCCGAGCAGAUAAUUUCAGCCCUCGUGUUCACUAUCCAU